GCAGACAGCAGGCGGGUAGCAGCAGGCAGGGCUGGGCAGCAGCAGCGGACCGCAGCGUAGAGGCAGAGAAACAUCCAGCAGGGAGGGGAGACAGCCAUACAAGGAGGAGGGACAGCCAGGCAAGACAACACCACAGACAAUACCGAGCGGUACACGUCGUGACAGCGUCUUUCAACAGCGCGGAAACAACCGGGGGACAGUGUUUUUCAUCCCAUGCCUUUUUAGAAACAGCCCGUCGUCAACAUGACAGCGGAGGAAACCAUAAAUGUGAAGGAGGUGGAGAUCAUCAAGGUGGUCCUGGACUUUCUCAACUCCAGGAAGUUGCACAUCAGCAUGCUCGCUCUGGAGAAGGAGAGCGGUGUCAUCAAUGGGCUCUACUCAGACGACAUGCUCUUCCUCAGACAACUGGUGCUGGAUGGCCAGUGGGAUGAGGUCUUGCAGUUCAUCCAGCCUUUGGAGUGCAUGGAUAAGUUUGACAGAACAAGGUUUCGUUACAUCAUCCUUAAGCAGAAGUUUCUGGAGGCUCUGUGUGUGAAUAAUGCCAUGUCUGCAGAAGAUGAGCCACAGCAUUUGGAGUUCACCAUGCAGGAAGCAGUGAAGUGCCUCCAUGCCCUGGAAGAGUUCUGUCCAUCUAAAGACGACUACAGCAAACUGUGUCUGCUCCUCACACUGCCUCGCCUCACCAACCAUGCAGAGUUCAAGGAUUGGAACCCGAGCACGGCCAGGGUGCAGUGUUUUGAGGACGCGUGCACCAUGGUGGCGGAGUUCAUCCCUGCAGACAGGAAGCUGAGUGAGGCUGGAUUCAAGGCCAGCGGGGAUCGACUGUUCCAGCUGCUCCUCAAGGGAGUCCUCUAUGAGUGCUGCGUGGAGUUCUGCCAGAGCAAGGCGACGGGUGAGGAGAUCACAGAGAGCGAGGUCCUGCUGGGUGUGGACAUGCUGUGCGGCAACGGCUGCGACGACCUGGACCUGUCUCUGCUCUCCUGGAUGCAGAACCUGUCCCACACCGUCUUCUCCUGCGCCUUCGAACAGAAGCAGCUCAACAUCCACGUGGACCGCUUGGUCAAGCCCACAAAGGCGGGCUACGACCUCCUCACCCCGCUCAUCAGCAAGCUGUCUCCGUACCCGUCGUCCCCGCUGCGUCGCCCCCAGUCCGCCGAUACCUACAUGUCGCGCUCCUUGAACCCAGCGCUGGACGGGUUGUCUUACGGGCUGUCGGGCCAGGAUAAGAGAGCGAGUGGCGGGGAGAUAGCGCCGGGCAAAGGGGUCUCCCCCAUGUCCCACUCGUUUGCCAACUUCCACUACCCUGGAGCAGGAGGCCAGAGCGUGACCAGGAGUCUCAUGAUGGAGAGCUCUGACUGCCACAGCAUCUUUGAGGAGUCCCCUGAAACCUCGAGGACAGACACGCCCGUGGAUAAGAUGAUGAGUUCAGGCGGAGCUCAGAAUCUGCGUCCGGCCUCCGCUCCGGGUGAGGAGGCGCCAUCAGCUGGCACUGACGACAGGAACGAGCUGCGGGACUCCACAGAGAAGUAUGAGGAGUACUAUCGGCAACGUCUCCGCGUGCAGCAGCACCUGGAGCAGAAGCAGCAGCAGAGGCAGCUGUACCAGCAGAUGCUGCUGGAGGGAGGGGUGCAGCAGGAACCCCCGCCUAGUGACAUGCACCACAGCCUCACGGAGAAGUUCCUCAACAGGUCCAUCCAGAAGCUGGAGGAGCUUAAUGUGGGGAUGGAGGAUUUAGGGGAGGAAGUCAAGUCUCUGGCCCAGCAGUGUAAUGGCAACGGGAACACCCCCACCUCUGAGGACAAUAACAACCCACCAUCUGUGACCCCAGGGCAGACCCGAGAGGGAGGGGUGCUCAGCAGCACCCCACAACGCAGUGUGGGGGGCCGCCCGGUCCCACCUCCUAAUGAGUCCCCUGUCAUCUCCCAGAGUGAGCAGAAACCAAAAGGAAGUCCACAAGGUGACAGCCCAGGCUCAUUAUCCCGAAGUAAAGAGGGCGACAAGCCUAAAAGCCUGUUUGUGCCAGUGCAUUCUCUGGAAGAUACUCAGGCCAUUCGGGCUGUUGCUUUCCACCCGUCUGGAUCGCUCUAUGCUGUGGGAUCCAACUCUAAAACUCUGCGUGUCUGUGCUUAUCCAGAAACAUUGGACAUAAGUGGUUCAAGUGCGACAAAGCAGCCGGUGGUCCGCUUCAAGAGGAACAAACACCACAAAGGGUCCAUCUACUGCGUGGCCUGGAGCCACUGUGGGCAGCUGCUGGCUACAGGCUCCAAUGACAAAUACGUCAAAGUCUUACCUUUCAGUGCAGAGACAUGCAACGCCACAGGCCCAGACCUGGAGUUCAGCAUGCACGACGGCACCAUCAGAGACCUGGCCUUCAUGGAGGGUCCGGAAAGUGGAGGAGCCAUUUUGAUCAGCGCCGGAGCUGGAGACUGUAACAUCUACACCACGGACUGUCAGCGAGGACAGGGCCUGCACGCCCUCAGUGGGCACACAGGUCACAUUCUGUCUCUGUAUACGUGGGGGGGCUGGAUGAUUGCCUCUGGCUCUCAAGACAAGACGGUGCGUUUCUGGGACCUGAGGGUGCCCAGCUGUGUCCGAGUAGUGGGAACGGCCUUCCACGGCUCAGGCAGUCCUGUGGCCUCGGUAGCAGUCGAUCCUAGUGGCCGUCUCCUGGCAACAGGACAGGAAGACAGCGCGUGCAUGCUGUAUGACAUCAGGGGAGGACGCAUCGUCCAGGUGUACCGGCCGCACUCCAGCGAUGUGCGAUCGGUCAGGUUCUCCCCCGGAGCACACUACCUGCUCACCGGUUCCUACGACACCAAAGUCAUAGUCUCCAACCUCCAAGGUGACCUGACCAAACCGUUGCCUCAGACCGUGGUGGGCGAGCACGGCGACAAGGUGAUUCAGUGUCGAUGGCACACGCAAGACCUGUCCUUCCUCUCCUCGUCCGCUGACCGCACUGUCACACUCUGGACACACAACCCAUAAACACACACACACACCUCACGGAAUGGCGUACGUAUGACACGCCAAUUCAUAUGCCAUUAUUGGCGUGUUAUCAAGACGCACAUUCGCAUUUCAGCGUGUUUAUCAGCGCCGUUUGGCCUCCAUUGACUUGCAUCACCGGGUGGGUAAAACGCAGGACUCUCACCCACGUUUCCUAAAGCCAACUCCGUUUUCCUCUCGCGAUAACACGCCAAGUGGUGAUAACACGCGGUGUGUCUGCUUACAUCCGCGCUAUAGAGCGUAGACAUACACGCGGCUGGCUCAAAACGUGUACAGAUAACACGCCACGUGGUUUCAGAAAGUGGGCGUGUAUGUUUACGCGAAGUCAUGACACACGGUUAUAACCUAAAAAAAAAGACACGUUCCCACUACAACAACGCUGUCACCCUCCCAUUCAGUACACCUAACACAUUCACUCAUCUGUAGGAAACCUAAAUGGACACAACCCUGGGACACAACAAAAGCAUACGUUGCAUGUUCUUCUUUCUUUACGUUGCUCACAUUGCAUUCGUCACACCGACUGUCGUCAUCUUGAAGGGUUCAACAGCAGGAUCAUCCCGUGUUCUCACCGUCCCGCUAGCUUCAACCGUUCCACACCAGUCCGUUGCUGCAUGUCCUUUCCACCGAGGAGCCGUUGAGGUCAGACAGGACCGAUUGCUUUGCUCAUGAUGGUGCCUUCCUUGAGUUCUCAGUUUCCAUAGCAGAAAAUGUAAAAUGAUCAAUACGGUCAUGUUUUCCAGAUCAAAUGUUGUCAAGUCGUCCUGAGAGAAGUCCUACAUUCCUUCUCCGUUUGCACAUCAUUUUCUUACAGCUGGUGUUACGCUGCUAUUGUUCGGUGACACAAGAGUGGAAUUUAUGGUGUGAGGUGUAAUUUGAUCAGUGUGUCAGUAGUCAGCUUUUCCUAUCAAGAGGCUGAAUCUGCGGAGGUCAUACUAUGUUGAUCAGUCAGCUGUUGCUUCCCUGUGUCUAAUGCUACUGUAUGCAUUGCAUUGCUACAACUCCAAAUGUGUAAAUUAGCUGUGCAUCUGUUUUAAAUUUGAAAUCGGUGUUUCUUUGCGCUGAAUCUGUUAGUGUCUUGCGAUGGCUAUCUUGCAGUGAAAGAUUAUGUCAGCAUCCGAGGGAAAUACAAAGUGGAAUUUGUGGUUGAGCGCCCCAACAUUGAGUUUAGGAGUUUUCUUUCUUCAAAAGCUGUAGUUUGUGUACUGUAACAAUACAACAGUAGGUGGCAGUCUUCUCACAGCAAGGGUCUAACCACAUGCACAAUGAAAUCUGAAUGGAUGCAUGGGUGUUUUGAUAUUUAUUUAGAACCAGUACUUGGGGCAUUGUCUUCUUUCCAUGUAUUUUACAUGUGCACUUUUUUUCUAUUAACAUUCUCCUAAAAUUGAUUUACUUAAAGAUGCAUAUUUUAUUUUAAUGUAUAGUAUAUAUUGUUUUAACAAACAAGGCCAAACUAAUACGUACAUAGAUGUAUUUAUUUCCAUUGUGUUUCUGUAUGUACAGUUAUGGUUUUGAAAUGCUAGUGGCUCUUGUAUUUUAACUCUUGUUUUUAAAAUUGACUUUUAGUUCAAGCUAACUCAAGUCUGACUGCUGGUACGUUCAAUAAAGUGUCUUUUACACAA